CGGUGUAGUGCUGUUCUUUGUUAGAUUUGGGAAAGUGUUGUCUUAAGGUACAGAGUUAAUAUUUUUCAGGCUGCAAAGCUGCGGCAGAUGUGGCAUUCCUUGUUGAUUCAUCGGGAAGCAUUGGUCGUGGAAGAUGGCCAUUGAUGAUAAACUUCUUGAAAGAAGUUACCAAUGUGUUCAACGUUGGUCCGGAUGGUACUCGUAUAGCUGUAAUUGCCUACAGCACCAACGCAAAGCUGGAGUUUACUUUCAACAAAUUGUCUGGCGCACAAAUUACAGCAGAGGAAUAUGGAAAACUGAUCGAUAAAAUAAGAUUUCAGAGAGGCUUUACUUACAUCGACAAGGCUCUGAUCAUGGCUGAUGAACAGGUGUUCAUUAAAAGCGCUGGAAUGAGGCCUGGUGUAUCACAGGUCGCUAUAGUGAUCACCGAUGGAGAGCAGACCACAACGCAAGCAUAUACACCUUUGGAUAUCGCCUCUAAAAGGAUCAAAGAUAAGGGAGUUGAAGUGUUCGCCUUGGGUGUUGGUGGCGGUGUUAAAGUUGAUCAACUACGACUGAUUGCAAGUUCUAAUGACAACGUGUUCACAUCUUCCGGUUUUGAGGAACUCGUCAAUGUCGUGAGGCCAAUUGUGGAGAAGUCUUGUCCAAAGAAAGUAACAGAUCCAUGUAAGACUGUUGGCUGCAAAGCUCCCUACAACAUCGGCUGCAGAACUGUAAACAACACAGCAGAGUGCAUCUGCCCGACAUGUCCAGACACAGCCGACCCUGUUUGUACAUCAGACGAUAUCCAAGAUACUUCUGCUUGCCACAUGAGGCGACAAUCGUGUAUAAGUGGUGAUCUUGUGACUAUUGCUAAGAGUGGCCCAUGUGAGAAGGAAUGUAGACCAAUUGCAGAUAUUGGAUUUGUCAUCGACUCAUCUGGAAGCAUUGGACGAAGCAACUGGGGAAGAAUGAAGAGGCGUCAUGAAUAUGACCUUGCACAAUUGUUGCUGAAUCUUUGCAUUUUAUUUUUCUUAGCGAAACCUCCAGAUCCAUGCAAGACUGUUGGCUGCAAGGCGCCCUACAACAUAGGCUGCAGAACUGUCAACAACACAGCAGAAUGCAUCUGCCCAACAUGUCCGGACACGCUUAACCCUGUUUGUACUUCAGAUGAUGUUCAGGAUCGUUCUGAGUGUCACGUGAGGAGGCAAUCUUGCGUCACAGAAGAUCUAGUGACUGUUACAAAGCGUGCACCAUGCGACAAGGAAUGCAAGCCAAUUGCAGAUAUUGGAUUUGUUAUCGACUCAUCUGGAAGCAUUGGACGAAGCAACUGGGGAAGAAUGAAGCGAUUCCUAAAAGCGUUGGUCAGCAAGCUUGACGUCAGUCCUUCCACUACACACAUAGCAGCUGUUGCCUAUAGCAACAACCCCGAGGUAGUGCUGCGAUUUAACGGCCGUCAGGGUACGAAUGAAGUGAAUUUGGCAUUCGAUAGAAUGCGUUGGCAGCGCGGCUUCACCUACACAGAUAAAGCUCUUCUCGUGGCAGACAAUGAUUUGUUCCAGAGUGCAAAUGGCAUGAGACCAAACGUAGGCAAGGCUCUAGUUGUCAUCACGGAUGGAAAACAAACAACAUCAAAACCUUAUACCAAACUAUCAGUAGCCUCACAAGGAGUGAAGAACGCGGGAAUUGCAGUAUAUGCUGUUGGAGUUGGCAAGGGAGCUGAUGCAGCAGAGUUGAGAGAAAUUGCAUCGAGCCAAGAGAACGUCUUUAUAUCUGCAUCAUUUAAGGAACUGCAGACUCUUGCUGUUGAGAUAAGAAAGCGGCUUUGUGAAGUCCGUCCUCCUCCCACAACUCUACCUCCUACCACACCAAAACCAACAGAAUUUGUAUGCGAAGCUGUAGCAGACGUAGCUUUUCUGGUGGAUUCAUCAGGCAGCAUUGGCCGGCGGAACUGGGUCAAGAUGUUGCAGUUCUUGAAAGACAUGGUGAAAGCUUUCAACGUCGGCCCAGAUAAAACACACAUUGCUGUUGUAGCCUACAGUAGCAGAGCGAACCUUGAGUUUAAAUUCGACCGACUUAAAGGAUCUCAAAUAACAGAGGCAGGAUACUACAGUCUUAUCGAUAGAAUCCGAUUUCAGAGAGGCUUCACCUUUAUUGACAAAGCUCUGAUUCUUGCCGACCAACAAGUAUUUCAAAGAUCGGCUGGAAUGAGACCAGAACUUCCUCAGAUCGCCAUUGUUAUUACUGACGGAGAACAAACAACAGACAGAGGUCCAUAUAGACAGCUUGCUGACGCAUCUAGGGGACUUAAAUUGAAGAAGGUUCAGGUCUAUUCCCUUGGUAUUGGAACAAAACUCGACCAGAAACAGCUGGAGGACAUAGCCAGUUCAAAGGACAAGGUGUUUUUCGCUACUAGUUUUGCCGAACUUGCACCAGUGGCGCAGGAGAUUGUGCAGAAUUCGUGUCCAGAACAAAAGAAAGCUGAUCCUUGUGAAACCGAAGGCUGCAAAGCUCCUCAUAACAUAGGCUGCAAAGUAGUGGACGAUCAAGCAGAGUGUAUAUGUCCCACUUGCCCUACAACUCUCCGGCCAGUGUGUGCCUCCGACGAUGUUCAAGAUCCUAGCGAGUGUGUACUGAGAAGACGGGCCUGCCUUACAUCAACUCGAAUUGGCGUUAACAGACGGGCAGCAUGCGUGCCCGACUGUAGCAAAGCUGCAGAUGUCGCCUUUAUCGUGGACUCUUCGGGAAGCAUCGGUAAAACGAAUUGGGAACGAACAAAGCGCUUCCUCAUGAGAAUCGUCAGCAAACUGGAUAUCGGACCCACAACCACACACAUCGCGACAAUCUCCUACAGCACGAAUCCUGAAAUUGUUUUGCGGUUCAACUCACUCUCCGGUAGUAGGUUGAACGUGAACGAGGUUGUCAAAGUUUUGGAUGGAUUGCCAUGGCAGCGAGGAUUUACCUACAUCGACAAGGCUCUGAAACAAGCCGCACAAGGAGUGUUUACCACAGCUGCUGGCAUGAGACCAAAUGUGCCCAAGAUCGCGUUCGUUAUCACUGAUGGUAAGCAAACCAAGACAGGCCAAGACACUCCUUUAGCCAAAGCCUCGAAACUCUUGAAGGAUAAAGGUGUACAGAUUGUAGCUAUCGGAGUAGGAGAGCUCAGAACCGUCGUGGACUACACAGAGCUUUUGGACAUCUCUUCAAGCACUGAAUACGUGUUCGUGGCCAAGUCGUUUGAGCAACUGCAAAAUCCAGCCAAUGCAAGGGUAUUUAGGCGAAGAGUUUGCGAUGCCAGACCAAGUAUUGGUAAGGAAAUUAUUGACUCUUUCUACACNUACACCAAACUGUCAGUUGCUUCACAAGGAGUAAAGAAUAAAGAUGUGGCGGUGUAUGCUGUUGGAGUUGGCAAAGGAGCUGAUGAAGCAGAGCUAAGAGAAAUAGCAUCGAGCCAAGAGAAUGUCUUUGUAUCUGCGUCAUUUAAGGAACUUCAGACGCUUGCAGUAGAGAUUAGGAAGAGGCUUUGUGAAGCCAAACCUCCAGAUCCAUGCAAGACGGUUGGCUGUAAGGCUCCUUACAACAUAGGCUGCAGAACUGUAAACAACACAGCGGAGUGCAUCUGCCCGACAUGUCCAGACACAGCCGACCCCGUUUGCACAUCAGACGAAAUCCAGGAUCGUUCUGAGUGUCACAUGAAGAGGCAAUCUUGUAUAAGUGGCGAUUUGGUAACUGUUGCAAAGAAGGGACCAUGUGAAAAGGAAUGCAAGCCAAUUGCAGAUAUUGGAUUUGUCAUCGACUCAUCUGGAAGCAUUGGACGAAGCAACUGGGGAAGAAUGAAGCGAUUCCUAAAAGCGUUGGUCAGCAAGCUUGACGUCAGUCCUUCCACUACACACAUAUCAGCUGUUGCCUAUAGCAACAACCCCGAGGUGGUGUUGCGAUUCAGAAAUCGACAGAGCACAGAUGAAGUGAAUAACGCAAUUGAUGGAAUGCGUUGGCAGCGCGGCUUUACUUACACAGAUAAAGCCCUUCUCCUUGCAGACAGUGAUUUGUUCCAAAGUGCAAAUGGCAUGAGACCUAACGUGGCAAAGGUAUUGGUUGUAAUCACUGAUGGAAAGCAAACGACAUCAAAACCGUACACCAAACUGUCAGUUGCUUCACAAGGAGUAAAGAACAAAGAUGUAGCGGUGUACGCUGUUGGAGUCGGUAAAGGAGCUGAUCAAGCAGAACUAAGAGAAAUUGCAUCGAGCCAAGAGAAUGUCUUUGUAUCUGCCUCAUUUAAGGAACUUCAGACGCUUGCAGUCGAGAUGAGGAAGAGGCUUUGCAAAGCCAAACCACCAGAUCCAUGUAAGACUGUUGGUUGUAGUGCACCAUACAACAUAGGCUGCAGAACUGUAAAUAACACAGCAGAGUGCAUCUGCCCGACAUGUCCAGACACAGCCGACCCUGUUUGCACAUCAGACGAAAUCCAGGAUCGUUCUGAGUGUCACAUGAAGAGACAAUCUUGUAUAAGUGGCGAUCUAGUGACAAUUGCAAAGAAGGGACCAUGCGAAAAGCAAUGCAAGCCAGUUGCAGAUAUUGGAUUUGUCAUCGACUCAUCUGGAAGCAUUGGACGAAGCAACUGGGGAAGAAUGAAGCGAUUCCUUAAAGCGUUGGUCAGCAAGCUUGACGUCAGUCCUUCCACUACGCACAUAUCAGCUGUUGCCUAUAGCAACAACCCUGAGGUCGUCUUACGAUUCAGAAACCGUCAGAGUACAGAUGAAGUGAAUAACGCAAUUGAUGGAAUGCGUUGGCAGCGAGGUUUCACUUACACAGACAAAGCCCUUCAACUUGCAGACAAUGAUUUGUUCCAAAGUGCAAAUGGCAUGAGACCAAACGUAGCAAAGGUAUUGGUUGUAAUCACUGAUGGAAAGCAAACGACUUCAAAACCGUACACCAAACUGUCAGUUGCGUCACAAGGAGUAAAGAACAAAGAUGUAGCGGUGUAUGCUGUUGGAGUUGGCAAAGGAGCUGAUAAAGCAGAACUAAGAGAAAUUGCAUCGAGCCAAGAGAAUGUCUUUGUAUCUGCGUCAUUUAAAGAACUUCAGACACUUGCUGUUGAGAUUAGGAAAAGGCUUUGUGAAGGUUUGUUUCCUAAGUAAUGACCCCAAAAGUAGG